AUGGGUAAAAUAAAUGCUAGCCAUAGCAGCUAUUGUUACGAUAGUAUGUUGAAGCGGUCCGACGACAAGUAUCUACGGAGCUGCAGCAAAGUCGAACCGAUCGACGAACAGUACGAUGAUGAUGACGAUGAGGACGAGGACGAUGAGCGAUCAAAUGAAGCCCACAGGGCACCGGAUCAUGUUGCGUGGCGGGCAGAAAAACUUGACGACCUGCGGAACACCACGUCCGGUUCGUCGGAUGACGAGCAGGAAACACGUACCAUCCGCUAUGUGCCGGACAUACUGGAGCGAAUCGACGAGAAUCGGUUGGUUUAUCGGGCGGAAGGUAACGCGAACAUUGUGCUCUCGUUGUCGGACAACAAGCAUGUGCUGCGGAUGCGCAAAUCUAAUGUCGAAACGCGUCAGGGCAAAGACGACUCUAACGUAGAUCUGCGACGGUUCGUCAUAUAUUCGAAGGUCAUCGCGAAUCAGUUUUCUGAGUGCUACGUGCCAGCACCUAAGCUGGCCCAUCUGAAUACCUGCAACCUGCAGGUGUUUAAUGAACGGUUGCGAUAUUUGCGUCCCGCCAUGCGGCUCGGCAAGGAAAUACGAGAGCUUGAUGGUAUACUCUACCCGGACGUGGCAUUCCUGCCGAAGUGGCUGUAUCCAGCGCGAGCGCGGGACAUCAGUCAGGACCCUAAAAUCUCUUCCAAUCCACCAACCCACUACCAGACGUACUGCGUCGAAAUCAAACCGAAACAAGGCUGGCUGGCGUACGAAUUCUGUGAUAAUAUUCCCCUUCCGGAGUUGACCAACGGUGGGGACCUUCGGAAGUGCCGUUAUUGUUUGCAUCAAUAUUUAAAGCUCCAAAAGAAAUCGAUAGCCAAAAUUAGUAAAUACUGUCCCUUGGAUCUCUACUCUGGCAAACCUGUUCGUGUUCUUCAAGCAGUGAAAGGCCUUAUCGGUGCACCGCAGAAUAAUUUUAAAAUACUGAAAAAUGGCAAGGUCGUGUACGAUGACAAGCGUGAAAAGUCGAUGUACAAUCGGAUACUGCGUGAAAUGUUCCCUCGCGAUGGUCGCACAAAGGACGAGAGAAGCACAAUCUUCAUAAAUCUUAUUAAAGAAAUACUGCUGAAAGAUUUUACUACAAAUGAUGAACAUUGCGAUCGCAAGCUGUUGAACAUAAAAAAGGAUAGAAAGAAGAAGGACAAAAAUCAGCUUCACGAACGCGUUUGCAAUCCUGUCAAUCAACAGUUUCUUCCGAAGAGUUGCGCCUUACGACAGAUCCUAGACGUUCAGCUGCUGGUGAAGUCAAACAUGUCCAUGAUCGAUCCAUCAAUAUUGGCCAAAUCACGUACAGAUCCGUAUAGUUAUAUCGACGAUAUGUAUGAAAAGUUUAUGAAUUACAAGGAUGGCAAUGCUCAGUACAUUGAUGAUGGUCGCAACAGUACCACCUGGGCAAAGGAACCAUUCAAUACCGAAUACCUGUCUGAGGAGGAGAAAUAUCAACUCGGUGCCACGGCCCUGGACUGUUCGAUAAUGAUCACGUUCCGCCGGCUGUCUGGUGAUCGUACAGAGGAGAACAGCCUAAACGAAGCAGCGCGCAAUCACAUCGUUUCGAUUGAGGGUAUGAAGUUUCUCGUAAACGUUACGAUCACCGAUCUUGACCCAAAGUCGCACAAACAUUACGCUAAGUACGUGGAACAGCUUGCAGCGUCUGCGGUUGCAUAUCGCGAAUUUAUGAGCAAAAUGCGCCGUUAG